CUAAUAACACCCAUCUGCGCGAUGCGUUAUGCCAGUCGUCCGACAUUGUGCUCCACACAGGAGAUGAAAAAGGGCUCCUCCCGCUGGAUGGUGAUCCGAUUCCCCUCAAUUUGCGGAGGACAAGAUCGAGCGAACAUUGGCCAGGGGUUCGAUCAUCUAGGAUAUACCCCUCAGUCUAAUGCUGAGGAGAUUUCAAGGGACUCCGCACAGCAAGCAAGACUCCCUGCACGAGAUUGGGCCGGCGGUUAGAUUGAGAGCGACUAAAAACCGAGCGAGGAUGCAAGGUCCCUCCCAGGUGCAUGUGGGAUGCGCGUCCGUACUCGAAGUACUGCUCUGGACGGAGUACGCCGUACUUUGUUGCAUAUUCCCAUCAUUUUUAUCACAUUAUUGAUUAUUUCUGGGUCUUGUCCACCCGACGGUCUCCACGAGGAUGUCGGUCGGAUUUGUGACCGGUCUCAACGGUGGAGUUCGAGACCUCGAGGGAUGGCGGAAAUGAACCAAAGAUCGUUCCACUCAGGUGAUGUGGCUGAGGGAAAUAGAGUAGGUCAACGAUUCCAGACCAUCUCAUUGGUUUUCCCCCCGUUUACACAGCCCAAUUACUGGGCUGAAAUUCGAGUGACAACUCGAGGUGACCCCCGUUCAGGAUCACCCCAAGGCUGCCAACUCAGCAGAAGUGGAGUCUGUCAUUCCCUUCGGACGCAUGAGUUACCAUCGUUGCUUAAUCCUUGGAACGGAAACUGAGAGGAAAUCAUCAUGUCGCUGCAUUUGCAUGGUGCAUGGUGCGUGGUGCGUGUUAGUACAAAGUAUCAUUAUCAUCAUCAUCAUCAUCAUCAUCAUUGAAU